AUGCAGGAAGAGGAGGAACCCCUUGGUACGACGCUGGCAACCCAUAAUUUUGAAUCCCAGUCACGUCCGGACCCACGUUCAAAUCCAACAAGUCCAACAAGACAACAGCAUCGCUAUCACCACUAUCACCCACAACAGCCACAGCUUCAACCAAGCCCUAAUUCAGCGGCCUUUGACGCCUCAGACUACGAAGAUUACGAAUACAAUCCAAAUCUCAAUAUUAGUCACCAUUCCACACUAUUCUCGCCAGAGCUCGCAUCCUAUGCCUCGAGUAACUUUCAAGCCGCCCAUGCGAACGCGACGACUGUCGAGCCCGUGGGCGUCGUAGAUCCGGACCACUUCUAUAAGCCCUACCGUGACGUCCAUACAUCCACUCAAGGCCAGGCCUACAACGAAUUGAUGGCGUCUGCUUUGCCUGCCUCGAGGCAAGACCAGAACCUUUCCCCACGAUCGAACGGGAACGCUACGGGCCCGAAACACCCCGCCUCUUCGUCAACACGGCCCGCUCUAAAGCCAGCUUUUCGCUCUGUGUCGGCCCCUAUCGAUGAUAAGCAGCCCGGCAAUGCUGCAAAAUCAGGAUCUGCAGCCACACCCGCCUACGGGGCCCGCAGUGGUCAUCAACCCAGUGUAAAGGAUUUAAAGAGAAGAUUCGACCAAAAUGCGGCGCAGCCAAGCAAUUCCACUGCUCGCAAGGCCACCACCCCACGCAUUCCAGUUAGAGAGACAUCGUCGUCACCAAGGUAUCAUAGAGUAAGUGGCUCUUCUCCAACGAAUGGUCAAACCUCUUACAUGGCGUUGCGGUCGUCUGUGACGCGUGAUUUGGAAUCUGGAACAGGAUCAUCGUCGACAACGCGAACAACACAAAGAAAUAAAUCGGUCGCCGAGGAUCAAUUAUCCAACAAUUCACAGUCGUUUGCGAGUCGGAUAGCGAAACCUCGAGUCUCGGUUAAUUCCCAUUCUCAGGCAUCAAAGUCUUUAAGCAGCCUCUCUCCAAACGCAUCACCGACCUCAGCCGUACCAACUCUGCCAUCCCGAGGCCUUCUUUUUGGCGAGAUACCACCUGGCGAGCGGGAUAUCGGAAUGGCAGGUUAUGGAAUUGAGGGUACGCGGACAAGACGAACUUCUGAUUCCAACCUUCACAAUCCAGGUGGUCUGCGUCAGCGAAGCUUGUCACACACAGGUCGUUCAGACGUUGACCCGCCUUCACCGAGUGAUUGGUACCGUAGCGUAAAUGGAGAAUCAGCGAUUCAUGACGAUAUCGAAACGAAAAAUGUAAAUCCCGCUAGACUCCACAAACGGUCGCAUAGCGACGUUGCUGGAACUAGGCCGAGCCCAGCGCCGUCGCAAAUGCCUCGAGAUUCACGUCCCAAACUCCACAUAGAUCGGGGUCCACCGCCAACGGUUUCGAGGCUACCCGUUUCAGUUCGAAAAUUUAGUAGUCCUUCAGGUUCCUCCAGCCCUACCUCGACGCGAUCAAAUUCGCCCGCUACACGAAGACGACCUCCUAUUCAAGGGAAAUCAGCCAAGUCAACACCUGUUGCCAGAGCGAAGACCCCCAGUAGCAACUCUAGUUCCACGACGAGACGACCCAACCGCCUAGGUGCCGUAACGCCGAAUGGGAGUACGAGGCUUAACGCUUAUAUUUCAACACCUCCACCGAAACUGUCUCCCCCUUUGCGAAGUUCGCGUCCUCGCCAACCUGUGUCUUCAGCAACUACCGCGAGCUCAAGGAUGAAGGCCGUCGAAAGGGGUCGAUCACCAUCACAGUCUGAUUUACGACCCGGGGCGAGGGCUAGCGAGCAAGGACCUCGAAGGCGAAAAAUAUCGAUGGGACCAAUCGAUUUCGAAUCGCGGAGGGAGCAAAUUAAGCUGUCAUAUACGAAGUCUAUCCGGGAGAAUGAAGCCCGAGCAGCAGCUAGGAGAGCCGCUGAAGAGAAAAAGCGGAAGGCAGAAGCUGAGGCCAGGGCGAAGGCUAGGGCGAAGGCCAAGGCUGAAUCAGAAGCUGAGGCUGAGGCUGGGGUUGAGGUUGAUGCUACGAAGAUUGAACAACCAGAUGCCGACGAAGAACGCUUAGGUAGAAUCAGGGAAGAACCUUCGUUGGACACUGUUGAAAGCCCAGCGGUUCCUGAAGUACCAGCCACAGAUCAAGUGGCGUUAACGAUUUCAACAAACCUUCAACAGCCAGAACUGGAUGACCUUUCACCGAAUUCAGGAACGAUUCAGAGAGACUCAUCAACGCUUGGCGGCAUACCUGGGAGCUUUCCGGCUGCUGGAAGCUCUCAGGAUCAGGAUGAGGCCCCCCCUUCGGCCAUCUCAAACACCACCGAAUUCGAUAUCGAGCCCCAAGUAGAGCCGUCCUAUCAAGAAGUGCCCGUGCGUUUAGAUAUAGCCAGGGCAGGCGAUGAGGACAUUACCUCAGAGCCAGGAUUUUCGAAAUCCGAAUAUCGAUCUCCAUUCGAGGAUGAAUGCACCAAUGAUGAUGUUUCGAUCAAUGUCUCGUUAGAAGCUCCUGUUGAGACGGUGCUGCAACUCAUAGAAUCUACUGCGACUACAAGGGAGCUCAGUGCGAACCAGGUCAUUCCAAGCCCGUAUGAGGACGGCGAUGAUGAUGAGGAAUAUUCUCCACGGCCCCUCCCGUCUGAGCCAUACCAAACCAAGGUGACAAUUAUUGGACGUGAUUCGGACUUUUCACCCUCAAGUAGAGUAGUUGAUGAGUCAGCAAGUGCAGCCAUCUCUAACACUCGAGAUUUCAGAGACCUCAACUCUCCAUUUGAAGGCCCCAAAAUAUUUCGCCCAUUCCCCUAUAGCCGCACAACUAGUCCGAACAACGACCAAGCCGGCCCAAGUGCUGGCCUUAGCGAAAUCGAAGAGUUCUUCGUUGGCCCAAUGCUCAAGGAUGAUGUAGCAGCUAUCCCUCGAGAUUCUAGCCCUAAACCAUCGGAAGGAAAAGAUGUGGUUAGUCCCAGACGGCCAGUUACAGAAGACUCACGCUUCUCUCUAGAGUCUCGGAGGACCAUGGCCACAGCUCCUAGCCUUAAUGUGCCUAGAACUUCAAAUUCGAUGAACAGAACAAGUCAAACGACUGUUUGGACCGAUUACUCGAUCAACAGCCAGGACGCGUACUCAGACUAUGAGCUAAAAAACCGAGACCUGCAAAAUCGCGACUCAAGCUGUCAAGACAAUCAUUCUAUAUCGGACUCAAGUUCGCUAUCACAGCCAUACCAGUACGAGCUAGACUCUAAGGAAGUGCAUUGCAGUGACGAUAUACCUCCCCAAGAUCUUGAGUCAGUGCAUCAUGCCUCGCAUCAGCUCCCAGAACUCAAUACUGGGGAUGGCUUCGUGGUAGACUACGUUAACCACAAGGAUAGUUCGAUUCCAGUUUUACCCGACCACGCUCCACCGCCACCCCCAGACGCGAGUUCAUUGCGUGACGUUAUGAGCUCUGUGCCACAAAGCGAAUACUUUGAUGAGACGAGACCGAAUAGCUACCUCCAGGUUGGAAAAGAUGAUCAAAGCGUCUUCUCUGCGGAUCCUUCUAGGAGGGAGAGUGAAGAUUUUGAUCAGUCCGAAUCAGGCUCCCGUACAGUAUACCAAGGCUCACUCGAUAUUUCCGAAGGAUUACCAGCCCAUACGAUUCUCCUAGACAGUCAGCAGACACUAGCAGAAAGCGUUGACCAAAGCGAGGAGGGUACAGGUCUUUCAGCGCCGGAGAGAAAGCGACUAUUCACACGCCUUGAAACUGUCAAAGAGCUUAUUGAUACUGAAGCAUUUUUCAUCAGGGAUAUGAAUAUAGUCGAAGAAAUCUACAAAGGCACAGCCGAAGCCUGCCCCAAGUUAGACGAUAAAACUAUCAAAUUAAUAUUCCGCAACACUGACCAGAUCAUCAAAUUUCAUUCGGGCUUUUUAACCGAGCUUAAGCAAGGGGUAUCUAGCAUCUAUACUCCCAAGGGACAUCGGACUCAGAAAGAAUUAUCGAGCUUGUCUGAUGGCACUCUUUUAUCAACAGUUUCCACAACCGCUACAGGUCAUUUGAACGAUGCCAGAGAUCGACAAACGUCGAUAGGACCGAUUUUUUCCCAGAAUAUAGAGCAAAUGAAAGCGGCACAUGAGACGUUUCUCAAGAAUAGCGACUACGCGGCAAAACGACUAAUCCAGAUCCAAGAAGACCCUACUGUGAAAGUCUGGCUGAACGAAUGCAAUGAAGUUGCGAGAGACUUGACGAAGGCCUGGAAUCUCGAUUCCCUCCUUAUCAAGCCAAUGCAGAGAAUUACGAAAUACCCUACGCUCCUUGUCCAACUUCUUCAUGAAACACCUGCAGACCACCCAGAUCGUCUAUUCCUUGAAACUGCCAAGGCCAGCCUAGAAAAUGCCAUAGAAGAGAUCAACAAGACAAAGAAGAAUUUUGAGCUGGUUGGCCAGAUAGUUGGUAGAAAACGUAAAGACUCUGAUGUCAGGGCUGGCCUGGCGAGGGCGUUUGGGAAAAGGGUUGAUAAAUUACAAGCCACUCAGAGACUGGCAGAUGAUCCCGAGUAUCUCAAACUUCAUGAGAGGUUUGGCGACGAUUACCUUCGGCUACAGGUCGUGCUAAGAGAUGUUGAGUUCUAUACGAGGCAGGCUACUGAGUAUGUGCACGAAUUUCUGCGGUAUCUAUCCUCGAUGGAAUUGGUCAUGCGGCUCCAGCCCUCACCCCACCCCGAGAUCGAGAGCAAAUGGGUCCGAUUCAACGUGUCUAUGAGAGAUAUUGAAAAGGUUGCGCUAGAGCAGCAUCUCUCUCAAGUUCGGAAGCAAGUAAUUGAGCCUUUCGAGCUCGUGAUCAAAUCGUACGGUAACCCGUCGCUUGCUAUGAAAAAAAGAGCCAAACGUCGGUUAGACUACGAGAAGUCGGUUCAACUUAAAAAGAGCAGUAAAAAGGUCGACAAACAACUGUCUGAAUUUAUCGAACAGUACGAAGCUCUAAACGAAGCUUUGAAAAAGGAACUGCCGAAGCUGUCUGCGUUGACCGAGAAAGUUGGCCAAAUUUGCCUUGGAAAUUUUGUCAAUAUUCAAGCCCAGUGGUUCGCUAUAUGGAAGGAAAAGGUCAAAGCGGUACUCGAAGACCAGGAAGUUCCAGAGAUCGCCGAUAUCAUCACUUCUUUCCAGCGUGACUAUAAGUUCCAGGACGAGCAGAUUAACACAAUUGGAAUCAUAAACCCAGCGGCCAAGGGCCGUCCUUCCCAAUCAACCAGCACCGACGAGCCUUUUGCAAGAAUCCGCCCUAGACUUAACGACCUAUCACCCCGCGGCCGAGGAAUGUCUUUGAAUAGCGAUACAGCUCCUAGUUUGCCUACCCCUGAUUUCAUGAAACGCCAUAGCGGUCAAUUCACUAUCUCGCCGACUGUUGCUUCUAUGCCAAGUCCUCAUCAAUUCUAUUACCGUGAUUAUUAUGCCGGGAUCAACGCGCAAGGGCUCCCAGGGCCCAGCACGCCACAUACCCCUGAAUUGUCCAGUGCUUCUCGAUCCCUGGGUCCAGCAUCUGUGCGACCUGGGACAGGCCAGAGCUAUGAAUCGAGCGCUGCCCCAAGGCAAAGCACAGAGUCUGGCCUACAGUCAAGGCGCUAUUCCAACUCGAUGUAUCCCUCUCCGCUUCAACCACCCGACACCCAUCGCUACUCUGGCCUAUUCCAAUCUGCGCUCCCCCCCUCGGAUAGCCAGGAGCGGCUUCCUCGACCAUCCCAAGCGUCAUCUCGUGCGUCAUCUCGGGAGCGACAACCAAUUAACGGGUACAAUGUCCUCUGGCUAGCAGCUUCUCUCUUCGAAUUCAACAUUGAAACCACCAAACACGAAGCCGGAUAUCCUUAUCUAACAUACCAGGCAGGCGAGAUUUUUGACGUGAUAGCUGAGAAAGGCGAGCUUUGGCUUGCCAAAAACCAGGACGAUCCCAGCAACGUGGUUGGGUGGCUAUGGUCUAAGCAUUUUGCCAAGUUAGCGGAUGACUAG